AUGUCAUCGAUACGAAAAAGGAUAUCCCGGUUCAAUCAGCGAUUAGCACAAUCAUAUCGACGACAUGUAGCCUUGCAAUCUGUAUUUGGUACUUUAAGUAAUGCUGGUGCACAUGUCUCAGCAACUGUUCCAUCUUCAUCAUUAUUUUCUCCAUCUGACAUUUCAUUUUCAUCACAUUCAUUACCAUUACCAAAUAUACCUAGUCUUUCACCAUCCAACAGAAAUCGUUCUUGCUCUACUUCUUCUUGUUCGGCGAUACAAUCAGAAAAUUCUUUUAAUUCGAAUAAUAAUUCUACCUGUUCGAUAGACAAUGAUGAUUUUAAUUCCAUUAAUAUCGAUGUUACAGGCGAUGUUAAUACACCAUCGUCUUCUGAUUUUGAAUUAGAAGAUACUACAAAACCGUUAACUUCACAAGAGAUUGCUGUUUUACUUGUCGAAUUACGCUAUAGGCAUUCACUCACACGAUCAUGCAUUACAAAUAUUUGUGAAUUAUUACAGUUAUUAAAAGUACCAAAUGCCUUACUUAAUUUUGCCAAUAUUGAGUCGUUAAUUCUUUGUCCACAUCGAUCAACUACAUUUCCUCGUAAAUCAGUUAUACGUCCUUCAUGUUUCAAACAAUCAUCAAAUUCAAAAAUGCGUACAAAUACUCCUAAUUGUGACGCUCAAUUUUCAUUUGUUCGAGUACCUACAACGAAUUAUACAUUUGCACUUGAACCACAAAUUAGAUCAAUAAUUGAACGAAAUCCAAUAAUGAAAAGAAAAGAUAAUAAACAGGUACUUUCAGACAUUACGGAUGGUUUAGCAUAUAAAAAGAUACUUGAAAUGGAACCACAGCCAUUCCUUAGUCUAUUGAUGAAUUCGGAUGGUAGUAUUGUAAAAGCAACUUCAGCAUCUGUCUGGCUUACCACAUUUGUCAUUAAUGAAUUGCCACGAAAA